GUCAUGAACUCUAACCCAUGUUUUCAACGACAUCAUUCACCUUCAUUAUACCGCUUCUGUCAUUAUUGGAAAGGGAUCGAAUUAAACUAAUUGUGUUCCAAUUCCUUACAAUGCAUAUGCUAUGCACUCCAAUUUUCAUGCCCAGCAUUGUGAAUGGAAUUUUGUUAUGUAAGAACACUACUCCAUCACCCAGGGUGCAACUCCCGGGCGGAUUACAGACUGAAAUUUCAUCGCUUGGAAAAGCUGAGACUUUCUUGUUGAUUCGAGUGAAUGGUGUUGUGUCUUCGACAUUUGAGUUCUGCAACAAUCAUCCAUUUUGGUCGCAGUCAUGUCAACACUUUCGGCACUGAAGGAUCGCAUUGUCGGUCUGCCCUCCAAGUUCACGGGUGCCGAAAAGCAAAGCGGACAAUUUCUACGUCUUUUACUCUCGAGCGACCCAGAACCCCUCGAUUAUGCUCUCCUUGUGGUUGGAUUCAUUGGCUCGGUUGCUUCUGGGGUUCCAUUUUCGCUACUAGGUAUCUUGUUCGGCCAACCGGUAGACGACCUCAACUCAACAUCUUGUAAUACUUCCUCGGCAGAUGCAUCGUCACUCUCAAACAGCGUCGUGACGAAAGUGUUAGAUGUUAUUUACGUGACAAUUGCAAAUUUCUGUUUGAUUUAUUUACAUACUGGGUGUUGGAGUCUUCUCGGUGAGCGUCUCGUUAGACGCCUGCGAAUGAGAUACUUGGAUGUUCUUCUACGUCAAGAAGUGGCAUUUUUCGACACAUUAACAUCUGGUGAAGUAGCUUCACGUCUCGAUGUCGAUCUUCAAACCAUUCAAACAGGAACUUCUGAAAAGGUCGGAAUAUUCAUUGCCAGUAUCUCUUAUUUCGUCACCUCAUUUGUUGUGUCUUUCAUCAAGAGUGCAAGAUUAGCGGGUAUGCUCAUUUCUUUAGUACCAGUCUAUCUUUUGAUGGCAUUGGUGGGAGGACACUUCACCCAAAAGUAUGCAAGCCGAGUCUCAGACCACGUAGCAGCAGCUAAGGCUAUUGCUUCGGUAGGGCUGUCAAACAUGUCUUUGGUUCAAGCUAUAAGUGCCAGUUCUCGCUUAAAAGCUAUAUACGCUCCUCAUAUCGGUGCAGUACAAAGAGAAGGGAUCAUGAAAUCUAUUAUUGCAUCUGUUCAGCUUGGUUAUUUGUACUUUAUUGCUUACUCCGCCAAUGCUCUCGCUUUCUGGUAAAGAAGCAGAGAAAUUUCUGCCUCUAUUGACAGCAGAUCUAGGACAACAGUAGGAGCUAUAUACACCGUCAUUUUCCUCCUUGUUGACUGUGAGUUGUUCAUACCCCUUGUUAAGAUGUCCUUGCUAAUGAUAUACAGCCUCUUUCAUCGUUAGUCAAGUUGCCCCUUUCAUGCAGAUAUUUGCAGCAGCCAGUAGCGCAUUCAUAAAGUUGGUUGCAACAAUCAAUAAGCCCUCUUUAAUCAAUGGAACAACCACAAGGGAAGGUCAAAUCUUUACUACAAUACUAGGGGAUCUGGAAUUCAGGAGGGUGGAUUUCGCGUACCCAUCGCGACCUGAAGUGGUGGUUCUUAAGUCAUUCAGCUUGAGGAUCCCAACCAACAAACACACUGCACUUGUCGGUCUCUCUGGUAGCGGAAAAUCUACUGUUGCAGCUUUAGUUCAACGUCUUUACGAUUCGAUCCACGGUGAUGUCUUCCUCGGUGAACAUAAUAUGAAAAGCAUCAAUUUCAAGUGUGCGAGAAGUUUCAUUGGAACAGUCGCUCAAAAUUCGACACUUCUUAAUCGAUCAGUACUCGAAAAUAUCGCCUAUAGUUUGGUCAAUUCGCCACCUCCAGAACAUGUUGAGCUUAGAGAGAAAUUAUUAGAUUCAAGCUUGCCAGAUCUUGCUCAUGCCAUCCGUGAAGGAGACGAAUCCUGAAGAGGCUAUUGCCGCUAGCUCAAGCAAAGUUCAGACAAUAGUCAGACUUGUACGAGACGCAGCGACGGAAGCUGAUGCUCUUGGAUUUAUUAAUCGAUUGCAGUACGGUAUGUCUACAGCCGCUGGUCCUGGAGAUAAUCGACUUAGUGGUGGUCAAAAACAACGUGUCGCCUUGGCUCGUGCUAUUUUUCGCCGUCCAUCGAUUCUACUCCUCGACGAAGCGACUGCAUCUUUAGAUUCUGCCAGUGAGCAUCUGAUUCAAAUGGCUUUGGAAAGAGUUAGUGAAGGAAGAACCACCAUCUCGAUUGCUCAGAGACUGUCAACAAUUAGGAACGCAGAUAAUAUUGUAGUUAUGAGUCAGGGUGAGAUCCUUGAGCAGGGUACAUAUCCUGAUUUAAUUGCUCGAGAUGGCGCUUUCGCGAGCCUAGUCCGACUCCAGACACUCUCCUCCUCUGAUGAACCGAUAUCUGAGAUUCAAACCCAGGAUUUCAAUGAAGACGAAGAAUAUCUGCAAGAAAAGAUUGAUAAUACUGUUAGUUACUCGCACACAUCUUUAGAUAUCAUACUAACCGACACAGGAAUUAGCAAAGGUCAAGUCACUGGACAAUGCACGAAAAUCUACGCCAGUUGCAGACCACAGCGACUCUGACGAAACACUCGCGCCCGGAAACGAUAAAGCUGCAAAUAAAGGCCGAUCAUUCCUCUCUACAUUCCUUGGUAUUUUAUCUAUGGCUAGACCACAUUUACAAUUUGUUUUCUUGGGUAUUGCCGGUGCUAUGUAGUAGGUGGCUCAUAUUCUGGAGAAGCUGUACUUUUCGGUCAUACUGUCAGCAGUUUAAGCCCAUGUCUCAGCGCAGGCAGUAUCCGUAGUAAUGGAAGUCUAUACGGGUUAUUAUUCUUUGUUUUGGCUUUGGCGGAAUUCUUUGCCAACGUUAUCAGCGCAUCUUCCUUCCGUCGUGUUUCAGAGAAACUACUCUAUCGUGUCCGUAUUUUGGCACUCAAGUCUCUUUUCGCACAACAUAUUCAAUGGCAUGAAUCAGAAAGUAGGAGUCCUGGUACCCUUAUCUCUUAUAUCAGCAGUGAUGCAAAUGCAUUAAGUGGUAUCACUGGAACCCUUCUUGGAGUUAUGCUGUCGAUUAUUGUUUCCAUGGUCUCUGGAAUCAUCCUUGCACAUGCCGUCGCGUGGAGAAUUGCUAUCGUACUGCUUGCCACCAUACCAGUUCUACUUUCAUCCGGUUUCUUAAGAUUGAAACUUCUCGCCAAGUUCCACGAGAGGCAUCAAAAGGCUUUCUCUAAUUCGGUCGCUAUUGCUACUGAGGCUGUUUCGGCCAUUAAGACAGUUGCGAUCUUUUCACUUGAAGAAGAAACUGUCCAGGUUUUUAACCGGUCACUGAAAGGUCCUUAUACCGCAACAUUAAAGACAAUUGCAUACGGAAAAUUCUGGCUCGCCAUGGCGUACAGUAUGAGUAACUUUGUUUACGCACUAGCAUAUUGGUGGGGAGCUCGAAAUGUCGCAGAAGGACUUUAUAAUCAACAACAAUUCUUCACAGUUCUACCUGCUCUUCUUUUCGGUGCCCCAAUAUGUGGACAAAUGUUCUCUCUCGCUCCUGAUAUUUCUAAAGCCGGAGUAUCAGCAGCAUGAGUACUUGAUUUGAUAGAUAUCGGUCCUGAAAGUCUUCUUCAAUCUAAAAACAACCGAGCAACAAAUGAUCCGGAAGCGUCUCAAGGAAUGAUUGAGAAGCAACCCAUCAGAUCAGGUAGUCUCGCCGUACGCUUCAACAAUGUUCGUUUUUCUUACCCCGCUCGCCCAGAUAUCGAAGCUCUGAAAGGUCUCGCCAUAAACAUCACUCCUGGUACAUUCUGUGCACUCGUUGGAUGUUCUGGAGCCGGUAAAUCAACCAUCAUCGCCCUCCUUGAACGUUUCUAUUCUCCAUCAUCCGGCAGUGUCGAAAUUGACGGCCGAGACAUUUCCAAGAUUGACGGCGUCUCAUUCCGCGAUGAUAUUGCACUCGUCCCCCAGGAAAGUGUCCUAUUCGAUGGCACCGUCCGCUUUAAUCUCGAACUUGGCGCUUGUACUGGGCACACCCCAAGCAUGGAGGAAAUUGAAUCUGCAUGCAACUUAGCCAACAUUCACGAUACCAUUGUAUCUCUACCCGAAGACUACGAAACCCCUUGUGGUUCAAAUGGAGGCCAGUUUUCCGGCGGUCAACUCCAACGUCUCUCUAUUGCUCGUGCAUUGCUUAGAAAGCCACGUUCAUUACUUCUUAUGAAUCGACUUCAGCUCUCGAUGCUAGAUCUGAGAAGUUGUUUGAGGAGGCAUUGGAGAAGACGGCAAAAGGUGUUACGGUUAUUGCUAUUGCUCAGAGAUUGAGAACAAUCAAGAAGGCGCAGACAAUUUUUGCAAUUGAUGCGGGUAUUUUUGUGAACCAAGGGAGUCAUGACGAAUUAGUGCUUAGAAAUGAGGAGUACAGAGCUAAUGCUGCCUUCCAGACAUUGUGAGUUAGUGUAGUUGCAAAAAGGGAUCAAGGGCAAUUGGUGCUUAAGGAGGAGGGCUGAGGUUGGAGUCUAACUGAAAAAAUAUAUAUGGAUAGAAUGGGUAGCAUUUGCAUCCUUAUAUCGAUCAACCAAUCAUCAUCACGAUGUUUUAGCUAUCAAAAAACCACAUCAAAAUGAUUCUUCUCUUUUGUACUCUAUCUGUAUGUAUUGAUUACACUUCGGCCACGCAUCUAUAUAGCCUUACUUUAGCAUACUAUACAUAAAUUAUAUCAACU